AACAAAUGAUCCAUAGAUUCAACACAUAAGCUAGUAACUGUUCGAGUAUUAAAAAAAUCAAUACCUGAAGUUACUGUUUAUUGGUAAUUUUUUUAAAUUAUUAAUUGAAUAUAAUUAUCAUUUUGAAAAAUGGUAAAAUCAGGACACAAAAAAUUUUUAAAAAAGGAAAAAUCUAAAGUGAAAUUAAAAGUUUCUCAUCAAACAUUAUUACCUAAAGGACAAAAUGUAACAAACACCAAUUUUAAAGUGCAAAAAAUUGUUUUGAAAGGCCAGUUAAAAGAACGUGGUGAACAUGAAAUACUUUCUAAAGGAAAUCUUAACAUAAAAGAACUGCUUACAAGACUUAACCAUCAUAAUAUGUGGCAAAGGCAGUCUGCUUUAGAGGGAUUAAAUGAUCUUGUAGCAUUUUAUCCCCCACAAACUAUGGCUGUUCACUUGUCAUCAUUUUUAGAAGCUGCUUCACGUCUUUCCUUGGACUGCGAAGCUGAUAUUCGUAAGCUAGCAGUUAAACUUUUAUCAUCUAUUUUGACUGCAGUCAAUGAAGAUCAAGUUGCUCCUUCAUUUGAAAUUGUUACAAGAUACUUAGCUUGUGCAAUGAGUCACAUUAAUUCUGCAGUUCGAGAAACAUCACUACAAGUUUUAGAGGUUCUUAUAGAAAAAUGUCCAAAAUUGACAGCUACUCAGUGUCAGUCUGUUGUUUUACCAGGAUUCUUAGAUUUAAUAUCAUCGAAACUAAAUGAUACAGGAUCCCGUAAACUAACUGUACAAAUAAAUGAACAUACUACUACAAGUGUAUGGCGAUUAAAAGUAUUAAGUAGUUUACGUUCAUUACUUAGUGCUGUUGUUCAAAAUUCUGUUGGAGACUUAAAAAGUUCAAUAACUCUAAAUAGAACUGUGAAUUGGAAGGAUUCUUGCCGUUUGCGUGUUCCUUUAUAUAAUCAAUUUAGCUUAAAGGCAGCUCCAUUAAAUUUAAAUGUUACUGAGAUGUCCCAAGGAAAUUCUUCUAUGAAUGAAAUUCAGAAAUACACAGUUUCAUUAAUGCCUCUUUUGAUUGAUACAUUUAUUGAAGUUGCUCCUGGAAAACGAGAAAAUAAAAACUGUUCUGAAUUAUCUUUGCAAACUGUGUCAAUUUUAAAAUGCAUUAUUGACAUUGUACUCUUACUUUGGAGUAUAUUUAAUCACUCUGACAACCCAUCUGAACUGAUGCUAUGGUUUAGUGAAAAUUAUGGUGAAAAAAUAUGUCAUACAUUUCUAUCAACUGGGUUUCCAUAUAUAACUCUAAACAUUGGACGUGUAACAGAUAAAGCUAAAAAACAUAAAACUGAUACUGAUGUUGUUUUAGAUUUAUUUGGUGAUAGUUUAUCACAAAAUGACUCACGUUGCACUAAACAGAAUUUAGAUCUUUGCUUGAUCUAUUUAUUCCUCAGUAAAUAUAAAAAAUUACCUGUAUCAAUCAAUUUAAUAUCUAUCUAUAUAAAUGAUUGUUUAGAUUCAUACAAAACUAUUGAACAUCAGUCAUUCAUUACAUUGAUGAAAUGUUUAGAGGCAGUUCUUCAAAAUUUAAAAUUAAUCAUGUCAGCUGAUUCAUUUGAUUUUAAUAGUGUUGUUGAAAAAUUAGUUGAUAUUCAUAAUGACAUGGUUAUAAAUGAUGGACGCCAUCGCCAAGAAAAAACUAAACUAGUACUGAACUUUUUGUGUUCAUUAGCUUCAAAACCACAUUUAAAAUUGGCUGAAAAAGUGAAAGAAUAUGGUAGUUGGUUAACUUUAUUACCUGAAUUUUUGUGUCAACGUAAAGUACCAUUUCAUAUAAUUAAAGCAAUAGCAAGUGUUGCUCGUUAUAAUUUACCACAAUUUGUUAAAUCAUUAAAUUUACUAAAAAUGGCAAUCAUUGAUAAUGUAGAAGUUAUUGCCAACAAUAAAGUUGAAAAGCUAGAAGGACAAACAAUACUGAAAAACAUGAUGUAUACAAAAAUUGAUUGGGAAAAAGUAAUGGGUAUAGUCAGUUAGAUUAUGCGUUAGUUAUAAAUAAUGAAUAUUUUGUUAAAAUAAAUUAUAACAUUGUUAUAAAUUAUAUUCGUUAUUUAUUCUUAAACACAAUCAAUUUUGUUUAAUGUUUAUUUCUAACUGUUAAAAAUAAAUAAUUGAACAAAUUAA